AUGACGAUCCUUGGCGAAGCAUCGGCGGCGGUGACGCUGUUGACGUCCGGCGGGCAGCAGCAGCAACAGUUACUCCGAUCGGCGUCUCCCGUGGACAACGGAACGCACGCCGAACUGUUAACAGCCGCUGGAGAAGGGAGUGACGUAGACAACGGAAACAUUCAAGAUCUUCUAAACGAUACCGAUUCCGAACUUUCCUCCCUAUCGCAUCUUGAUGCUCCCAACGAUGUCCUGUAUAUGGUAUGUGGAGUCGUCAUUGCCAUGCUCCUCGUGGGCCUCAUCAUAGUUUUAGUAGCAGUAACGAUCAGUAAGCUGAGAAAGCGGGAGGAAUCGUCGACGGUGAGCCCGACGGCCAGCAACGUCGAGGCGCCGCCACACCAUCACCACCAUAAUCACCACCAGCUUCAUCACAACGGAACAAGCCAUCCUCAGCAGCAGCAGCAGCAGUCGCAGCAGGCGCAUAACCAUAGCAGCAGUAAUCACAACCACCAUCACCACCAGCAGAGUAACGGUGGCAGCAGUCCGGAAACGGGCUACUCCGUGCCGACGCCAAUCGCCUUCCGCCAGAGCCCGUCCACUGUGUGGGUCUUUCCACCGCUACCACCGCAGCCGAACAUCUACAACGCCAGUAGUCAGGACGCGUUCGUACAUAACGAGAAGACCGGCUUCAAGGGACUGAAACGUCAGCUGUCCGGUCGGUUCAAGCGUCUGGUAUCGCGGAAAGCGCACGAACCUGCCCCAGUCAUACCGCCCGAGCUGAAGCCCCAGCUCAAGACGAUCUACGUGUAUUAAUCAUAAUGAUUUCCCUUUGGAUGAGGAAACCCACAACCCUCCGCCCCUGCUCGUGCCCUCCCAGCCCACGCACACCGUCAUAGUGUUAUUUUAGUGUCUGCAUAGAAAAUGCGCCCACAACUGCUUCAUCAGCAACAGCAGUAGAAGCAACCACACUAGGGAAAGGAGGAAAAACAAAAAAACUCUAUAGAGUCGCAGCAGGCUGAUGAGAGGCAAGAACGUGCGACAUCUGAUCCGCGAGGCUAUGUCGCUUUUUCCAAAUUAGAUUUCCAUUCCUCUACUUGAGCGCUCACGCUCGGUGCGGCGUACAUAUGUAUAUAAAUGUUUACUUUUUUCCCGUUUUUAACUGAUUGUAUUCACACCGCCCGCUCGGCUCAGUCUAACUCUUUUCCCUUUUGCGGAUCAAAUUUGUUGUGAAACGCAUGCCGCGUGUGUGUGUGUGUGUAGCGAAAGGGCAUACAAACCUACUUUCGAAACGUGGCCAAUUUUAAUACGCCACGGUUAAUACCCUUUUUGACGCCUACUAGGUUAGAGCCUCCGUAACGUUUAAUUUAAUUUAUUGUUUUUCCUUAAAUCUUGUUUCCUUUUCUAAUAAGUGCGACUUUAUUGCACCGUGGGUGUGGGGUGGAAAGGGCGCGUAACCGCCCAGUAUCCCCGUGUUCCGCACGGUGCAAAGGCAAAAGCAAAAUGGGGUGGAAAAAUUCAGCUGUUAGCUGACAGAACGUAGCCCCUGGUAGAGACGCUUGUGCAGAGAACCGACCACAUACUGACACUUUCAAAACACAAGAGCAGCGACCCGGAAUGGACACUUGGUCUUGGACUUGGUCUCAAGGACGCGUAGCGAGAAGUCUCAAGAAAGGAAACGAACUCGCGUGCCCCGUCAUCUCUUCCCCGGCUCGGGGUGCUGGAAACAAAAUCUCGUGAAGUGUGAAUUGAAUUGAUCGUGCAGAGCAACUACUCGGAAAACGGGGCACACACCACACCGCUUUCAUUCGUUCGGGGUGCUAAUCGUCUUGCCUAUCAUUCCAUGGCGCCGGAACAUUCCAUGACGGGCCGGCGCAGCCCUCUAUCAGUUAAAAGGCAAGGCGCAAGUAGUACCCCAGCUGGGUGGUUGGUGCCUGCUGCCCCGGACCGUAACCUGCACGAACCCGAUAAGACGAACAUUCCACCUUCCACGCACCGGCGAAAAGGGGAGGGAUGGCGCGGGAGAAGAGACCCUUGCACCUUGACCUGGAUGCGCAAAACGGGGCCGUUUUAUAGGCUUUUUGGCUGAGAUUUUGGCAAUCAUUUCUUUUCGAUUUCGGUAACGUUCCUUACGGCGCGAUAAUUGCCUUUUUUAAAUUGACGUCCAUGUUUGAUGGAGGAUGAGAAAAAAAACAUACAUUAUUAGAAGAAGACUGACACACAAAAUGAAAAAAAAAACCCAGGCAAGAGGUCGUUCGCGGUUGUUCGGCUGCACAAGUUGCGGGAAGGAUUUCAGGAAGCAAGGGAAAGAAGAAGAUUGUAUAGGAGCGGAUAGGAGGCGGUAGCGGCAAAACGCUAAAAAG